UCGCGAGCAUCGUUCAUCAAAGUCCUUGACAACUCUACGGCAUCGAUUCGAAAUCUUUCCCUUUCCCAAUUCUCUGUCUCGACCUCCAGAAUGACCUUGGUCUCGCUGAAUGCCGAUGUGCUCACCUAUCUUCUGUCGUUUCUCUCGACAAAGCAUGCCUUCUGGCUUUCUCUUACCACCAAACAGAUCCAUACACUUGCUAUGCAACAAGUAUAUCGCGUGAUCACUCUCAAGCACCCCGAACAUGUUGCAGAAGUGUGCACGCUCUUGCUACGGGAUCCUACGAAUCGCUUGGCCUACGUGCGAGAACUGCGGAUUGGUGGCUCUGCUCUGGAUAAUGCCGAGCAGGCCGUUGCUAAUCAAAUCGUGGACGUGCUCCUGCAUCCUUCCUCGAUGAUGAUCCAAUGCUUGCAGCUCGGUCGCAUUGAGUGGAUUGUGUGGAGUGAACCAAAGUUUGUUGAUGCUCUGAUAGCACUGCGAAGUUUGACCCGGCUUGAACUCGAAGGCAUAGGGACGAAAUCCAUGGCAGUGAUCGAGAGGCUGUCCUCUAGGCCUCGCAGCUUGUGCCUGCAGUUCAUGAGGUUCUUCACUGCGGAUGAAGACCUCCCUUCCCUCUUCUCCAAUGUCCAAAGACCAGCAAUUGCCAGUGGAAGCGUGGUUGAGCAAUUCACGAUGUCGUCGGGGCAGGCUAGCCUUUUGUUGGCCCCCGCGUCAUGUUCACAAUGGCUGGCCCUUCAGCAUCUUUCCAUUACAAAUUGCAAUCUACCGAUGUCAACUUUUUGCUUUGCAUUCCCGAAUGUGAAGAGGAUUCGUUUACAAGGAGUUACGUCUACUCUUCGCUCACAUGCCGACAACCCAUGCUGGACGCAUUUGGAUUUCCUCGAUAUGGGCAAUAUCACAUCUGACUUGCCGGGUGCGAUAUUUGUGCCUUGGGUGGUGACUUGCCGGGUGCGAUAUUUGGCGAUGGGCAUCGAUCUCCGUGCGCGUAUAAUACGGGAAACUGCGCUGUCCAUAGUGAAACUCACGACACCCGUCAUACUCGAGUUGACAUGCAACCCGCAUAUGAACGGCAAAUUCUGGAGGACAGUGGCGGAUAGUAUGAGAGGGAGAUUGCAUUACCUCGUGGUGAUUCUCAAGCGCGACGAGAGGUCCUCCCCAGCUACGCAUAUAGAGCUGCUCGAAUAUUGGAAGUGGCAAAUGUCCACGUAUAUGAGCAGUUUGGGCAUCACUUGCAUCCGCAUAUGCUGCACGUCCCGCGCUGAUCGACAAGUCCUGCAAGAUAUACCCACCCUCCUGACCAAUGUCACCUCAUCUUUGCGUUACAUCGCUUUAGAACACUAUCCUUCUUUGGAGCGCGACAGCUGGUGCGAUGGCCGAUAUGACGGUUGCCAGUCUGAGAGUACGUGGUGGCGUAUUGUGAGAGAUGGAUCCAGGAAGUCUUUUGCGAGAGUGGCGACCGAAAUAGGUGAACGUGUAGAUGCCUAUUUCAAAUCUGCAGACAUCGAGUCCUCCCUACACUUCGUAGACCCUCUUGACGGGAUGCAAAGAAACUGAAGAGUACCAUAGCGCGAUGGAACAAGCAGGGCCCAGGGAGCAAACCCUCAGACAGGACGCCGUGCGAUAUGACUGACCUGAAGGCAAAACGUGGAGUCUGUAUCCUACGAAUGCAUAUCU